UUGCAUCUGAGAAAUUUUCCAGCGGCCAUUUUUCUUUUUAAUUUGACAAGUAGUGAAGACCACAACACGCGGUAACUUAUCCGCAAAUUUCUAAUAAAAACAUGGCACCCAGGUAUGAAAUAGCCGUGGGGCUCCAAAAAGGGCACAAAACCACCAAAAUCCCGUCGGGAAAAACCAAGGCCGACAAAGUACGUCCCGCCAGGUUGAAGGGAAUCCAGACCCAUCACACUAAAUUCGUCAGAGACUUGAUCCGGGAAGUUGUCGGACAUGCACCUUACGAAAAGAGAGCCAUGGAAUUGCUCAAGGUUUCUAAGGACAAGAGGGCCCUGAAAUUCCUGAAGAGACGUCUUGGCACGCACAUCAGAGCCAAGAGGAAGCGUGAAGAGCUCUCCAACAUCCUCACCCAAAUGAGAAAGGCUGCCGCCGCUCACAAAUAG